AUGUCUUCUGAGGAGGGCAGGGCGCCGUUAUGCAACAACACAAAGCGGGAACAAACACAUCCAGUCAUUAAUCCACAUUCAAUACUAACGCAACCGAGAACGAAAACAAAUGAAUUUCUCUUCAUGAUGAAAUCAGUAUCCUUAAAGGGUUUUUUUCGACUAUGGGGCACAUUUAUUGGGCAGUUUCCUCUUGCAUUUCUUAUAUCGGGUAUUAUUCUCUGUUCAUUAUCAUGCGGGAUUGUAAAAUUGCAUUUACGGGAUAAUGUAAGAGACGGUUAUACACCACGUACGUCACGGUCUCGGCUGGAAACCGAUUUGUACAGGGAAUUCCUUGGAUCAGAAGGAGAUCCUGCGAUGACUACAGUGUUAAUGCUUGCCAAAGAUAAGGGAUCGAUGCAUCGAUUAGAUUACCUACAGGAAGCCGUACAAACAAUGGUGCGUAUAUCGAAAAAUCUCUCCGCUACCUUACCCGAUGGUCAUACGGUCGGAUACGGUAACUUCUGCGGUCAUUACUGCGACUCGAAUGUGGUUGUUGGAUAUUUUCUACAAGCCCUCUAUCAAAAGACAUUAAAUCCCGAUUCAAUGUCACUGCAAUUGACAUAUCCCAUAGCCGAUCUCCGCGGCAUUAAAUUGCACUUGGAACGCAAUUUCUACGGUGUAAAAACCUUAGAGAACUACAAUGUAACGAAUAUAGAAUACGUUAAGCUUAUCUCCAUGUCAUUUAUGGCCGAAAUGAAAACGGCAGCAGACACGGAAAGCCUUGGCGCAUGGGAGCUGGCGCUCUUUGAUUACUGUUCCAACUAUACGUCAAACCCGGACAAUAUGCUAGAAUUAUUAGUGAUUGGCGCCGAAAUCGUUGAUACCGAAAUGAACAAGGACGCACAGCGAAUGUCGCCGUACUUUGCUACAGGAUUCUCAAUAAUGUUUGCCUUUGUCUGCAUCACUGUAUGCGGAUCGUCGCUGUAUUUUAACCGGCUUCGGUGGAGUACGAUAGUUGUGGCUGUCAGCUGCGCCAUUGUGCCGGUACUGGCGAUCAUCACCACCUUAGGCCUUAGUUCGCUUAUUGGGAACAGAACGAACUCGUUGAUGCUCAUCAUGCCAUUCUUGAUCAUGGGCAUAGGCGUAAACGACUCAUUUUUGACCGUUCACGCCUGGUUGCGACAACCACUACGACAGUCACCCGCCGCACGAUUGGGAAAAGUCCUAGAAGAGGUUGGUCCAUCUAUCACCACAACAACUCUCACGAACGUUGUCACUUUUCUCAUUGGGUGGUUAACGCCAACAGAAGAAAUAUCAAUUUUCUGCUUUGGCAGUGCAAUGGCGCUGGGUUUCGCCUAUAUUUAUACAGUAAUUAUAUUCUGUCCAAUUCUCUACUACUGUUCACUCGAGGAGACCAAAGAAAUCCAAGAAGGCUGUUUGAAGGCAAAAGGGAAGCACUUCUUCCAUGCUAUUCUGCACGGUUACAGUCGAGUGCUAUCUGAUCAUCGUGUGGCGCUGGUGCUUUUCGUUGGUACCUUGGUCUAUUGGUAUUUCGGCAUUAUGGGUACAAUAAGUAUUACUGCCAAACUGGACACGGAAAAAAUCCUACCCAAGGACACCCCUAUUCAUCGACCCAAUCGACUGGUUGAAAAUAUAGUUUGGGCCGAAUAUUAUCCAGUCACCAUCAUAGUUAACAAUCCUGUGGACAUUCGUGAUCCCGAUCGACUGCACGAAAUACACUCAUUUGUAGGCGAAUUUGAAUCGCUACCGACUUGUCGAGGCGCAAAUUUCACAAUGUUCUGGCUGCGUGACUAUAUCAACUACUACUGGGGUGUCGGCGUUAACGACUUCGACUUCUACUUCGAUGCAGACGAAUAUCCGGACGAAAAAGAGUUCGGAUACAAGAAAUUGGCUGGUUUCCUAGGAAAUCCACUCUAUAAACAUCAUAAGGCGUUUCUGAAACUCGACUACAAUCAAAGUGUCUCCGUCCGUAAAUUCUCAUUGGUUGUCGUGUACGAGAACAACACAUCGUGGGAUGAUAGGAUCGCUUUGAUGCUCAAAUGGAGAGCUAUCGUUGACAAGUACCCUAAACUUAAUGCCAGCGUAUGGAACGUUAACGCUAUGUUCGUGGAUCAGAUGCUCAGCCUGAAAUCGUUAACCUGGCAGACCUGUAUGUGGACACUGUUCUGUAUGGCUAUAGUGUGCACAAUUUUUAUCCAAAAUCCUGUCUCCGUUAUCAUGGCCACCUCCGCGAUUGCAUCCAUAAGUCUCGGCGUUAUGGGAUAUCUCUCUUUCUGGCAUCUGGAUCUCGACCCAGUAUCUCUUUGUGCCAUCUUGAUCAGCAUCGGCAUGGCAGUUGACUUCGUCGCUCACACCACCUACCACUAUCAAUUAUCAUAUCGCGAAGCACUUCGAGGCGGGCGUGAAGUGCGAAUCGACCUUGUCACACCUUACGACCGAAUACGAAACACGAUAAGUAAUGUGGCUUGGCCAAUGUCACAAGCUGGGAUCUCUACAGUCAUCUGUAUACUUCCAAUUGUUGUGUUGCAGAACUACAUUCCAUUAGUGUUCGUGAAGACUAUCACCUUAGUAGUGAUCUGGGGCUUAUGGCACGGUUUAGUGUUGCUACCCUCAUUUCUAUCUCAGAUUCCUCUACCACUGCUCAACUUCAAUUGCUACCGGAUGCUGGUCAGCGUUCGGGUGGACAGCACUGGCCAGGAGAUGUCACUUUUAGAAGCGGACUCUAUUCGCACCACAUAG